AGUCAAUGUUGUUUUUGUUUCUCCAUCAAUUUGGUUUACCGUUAUUCCUUUUCUUGUUAAUUGAUUCUUUUUUCUCUGUUUAAUUGUUUGUCCAUAGUAAUUAAUUAAUUGGUACAAUGGCCGAUACGUUGACCGCCGCUCAGAAAAGUGAGCUAAUGGAUAAGUUAAAACAAGAAAUUGCCAUGGAAAAUUUUAAAGAACUGGUUAAGCAAAUGUCAGAAAAAUGUUUUAAAAAAUGUGUACUCAAACCUGCCAGUAGUUUAGAUUCAAGUGAAACGAAAUGUUUAAACUUUUGUGUUGACCGAUAUAUGGACACAUGGACAAGUGUAACUAAAGGAUAUGCCAAUCGUUUAACAAAUAGUUCCUACCAAAAGUAACAUUUUUCAUGAGGAUUCAUUGGUGAUCCUAAUGGACAUUUAAAUGAUCUAGAGAAAUCUUCAUUAUUACUAAUGGAUCCAAUUACCCUUUAAUAUGGAAAACAAAAGAAACAAGGCAACAAUUAAUUAUCUCAAUCAAAUUAUCAACAUCAAAAACAAUUUUCUUUGGAACAACAAAAAAACCCAAACAUUACCUGUAGCGACCAGGAACAUGUGAAUCAAUAUUAGCAUCUAAUUGAAUUGUUUCAUUUGAAUGAUUAUCACACCAGAGCUAAAAAUGUAAACAAUUAAGAAUUAGUUAGAAUCAAACAAACUAAAUUAGAUGAACAAUAAGAAAACUGUGACAAUUAAACAAAAUGAAACAACUUAAAUUAAAUGAAUGAUCACAUUUAAAAACAUAACCAAUCAAAAAUGAUUCUAGUUAUACAAAAUGAAUACAAGUUGAUAUUAGAUUGUAGUAGAAAUUAAUUGUUACAAUUGUAAAUCAAUUAAAAUACAAACCUGAGCAUAACUUA